AUGCGUCUUUCGACUACUUACGCGCUGGGAUCGCUUCUGGCCGGAUCUGUCAGUGCUCAGAUCUCAACCAACGUGACCACGCCAUCGCUCAAUCUCACUACGAUCACUGCGCAUGAUGGCCGGAGCGCGUACGAAUGCUGGCAGAUACCAGGCUUCGUAGCUUCAACAACAGCGGGAACCACCGGCGCCCUGAAUCUCUUCCUCGGCGCAACGACAAAUGCGUCAUUCACAGUUCUGCCACCCAGAUUCGAAGGCGGUGUUCAUACCGCACCGGCUCCCCAGCUUGUAUAUUUCACAUCGGGCCUCAUUCAUCUCACACUGCCCGAAGGGGGGAACCGCACCGAGAAGCGUAACGACGGCGACGAUAGCACAGCGUCAGUCUGGAUCCAUGGCGGCAAGUACGGGUUGAUCUUGGCACUGGACACUCCGGAUGUCUCGGACGAAGGACAUAUCACGACCUAUCCCAGUGCCGCUGACACGGUUGCGAUUCAGAUUCCAUUCUCGCAGGAAGGCUACGCGCAUCUCCUGAUUACGAAGCAAGUGCUAUAUCCUGGAGGCUGCAAGGAAUCCCAACUCAUUGGCCUCUAA